CCACCUGAUUGCUAAUUCUGUACCCUAACCGCACCCGUAAAUCCCCAAUACUAGUGCCUAUGCACCCCAUAGUCAGCAACCAGAUUGCGACUGGGCGCCCAACAGGACUCUAAGUACUCCGCCCCAUAUCGCGCUAACAGUAUCUUGUCUUGCUUAUCGUCAUCACCAACCCGAACGUCGUUUUAGCAAAGCCCCAGAUCAAGAUUCUGUCGAGAACGCCGGCAAAGUCCAUCGAUGGAGCCUUAGCAUCCUAAGAGCAACGAUGGCAUCAGGAAGGCAACCGAGUCGUUCAGAUCCGGUGUGCGAUACGUGCCGCAGAAAAUGUCGCAAAUGCGAUAGGACGCGGCCUUACUGCAACAGAUGCACAACCAAAGGACUUGUGUGUGAAGGAUAUUCCCUUCAAUUCAAGGUCUAUGACAAGACUACUGGACCGAAGAAGCCUCAAGCCAAGCCGCGGGUUAGGGCCCUAUCAAUUGAAGCAAAUGCAACUACGUGUACUACUCCGGCAUCAAGGCCUCGACGUUCUUCGGCACUAUCUUCGCCAAUUUCGAAUGCAGCACCUUCGAACAGCCCUUUGCAGAUUUCACCAGCAUCAAGUAGCCAGAGCCAAUUGUUGGUGGGAUCCCCUUUCAGCUCUCCCAACCACUCCGCUCAGUUGAACGACCUCCUCUCGGACGAGCAGACGCAAAAUCUCUUGGUUCAUUUCGAUGUUGCUUUAUGUGACAUCCUGAGCACCCUAUCCACAGAACAUCCCAAUCCAUUCCGAAUGUAUAUUUUACCACUUGCUUAUCAACAUGCGGGCCUCCUCCAUGCAAUACUGGGGUUGUCAGCCUGUCAUCUUCGAAGCUCGGAAAUCGACUCAAGUCAAACAACGCAUACAGCAGCCAUACACCAUAAACUUCUUGCUAUCCAAAGCCUGGGUGCUCUCCUCUUGAAAGAAGAGUGCUUCGGCUUGAACGACAUCGAAGAAGAACUCGCCCUUGCUGUUGUAUUGAUACUGGUCCUGGACGAUAUCUGCGAUUCGGGAAAGUCCCUUCACGGUGCCCACUUGAAUGGUGUCGCGUUCCUAUGCUCGCGGAUCGUGGCCAACCCAACCGGGCACAGUCCUUUCAAGACGUUCCUAGUCGCUGCCCUAGCAUGGCUCGACAUAUUACGUGGCUUUACGGGCGCUGAAAAGCUAGCUUUCGCACCCAGUGUGCGGAAGUGGGUUGUCGAUGCAGAUGAUUUCAGCCUCGAAACUGUCGUGGGCUGUCCGGUCGAGCUAUUCUACGCCAUUGGCACUGUACUCGAAGCAGGCAAAGCCUAUCUCGCCAAGGAACUGCCUGUCGAGUCAUUCGAACAAGUCCUGCAUGAGACGGAGAACGACUUGCGUCUAUGGGAUUCAGAUCAGCCCAGCUACCCAACUUCAGACCCAAGCUGGAGAUUACUAGCUCACGCAUAUCGGCAUGCUUGCAUUCUACGAGUCUUGAGGUUCCCGAACACAUUCGCGACGCCUUGCACGGAUUCUCGCGUCAGAGAAUCUGUGGACAACAUCCUCGAGGCUUGCGCCCAAGUCCCAUGGUCGUCUCCUUUGUACAAGAAAAUGCUUUUCCCACUCUUUAUGGCGGGUGCAGACACUACCAUCAAGCAUCAGCAGCACUAUGUUAAGAUCUGCAUUGCUGAGAUCCAACACAUCACAGGAUUUCCACAACCAGCGGUCAUGGCAAUCCUCCAGACCGUAUGGCACGAGCGAACGGCGGCAGAGACAUCUUCUAGUGCACCAGUAAAUGUACCCUGGAUGGAAUAUACUUGUUCGAGCUCAUUGCAACGUCAGCACGACUACCUAUUCUUUUGAUGCCAGUACCCGACGAAACUUCAUUAUGAGCCUCGACCACUCAUUUUCCCUGGACCCAAGAUCAUAGGCACAAGUACAGGAGUUCUUGCGGCCGCCUCACUUGGUCGCGGUUGCCGUUUGGCUAAAUGACGCAACCAGUUGUCGGGCUGUCCAGUGCACCUGACAUGAAGCAACAAAGUGUCACUGCAAUGGCGACCUUGCAUUUUGGUCUGCUCGUCAUUGAAUGUCCAACCAUGCUCGGAGAAAUGUCCCUGCACCAUUGGCUCGAA